CAGAGUUCGAGCUCGAGCUCGGGGCGCGCUAUGGCCGAGGCGGACGCGGCGAUGAUGGGCGCCGGCGAUGCCCAGGCCCGGACACGGGGGCAGGGCGGCCCGACUGCGCCCAGGCGGGGGACAUCGGCGAGGUCCAUGGACCAAGUCAGUCAGCAGAUCAUGCAUACAGGGGAAACACUUUUACGAGGAUUUAUCAUAGAUCGAGCAAAUAGAGGUGCAGAGGGCUGUGAUGUGCAUUUAACUGUCGCUGAGCUUGGUGGUCGAGAGGAUGAUCUUCAAAACCCUGAAUUGAAGAAACUUGCCGUGUGCCUGAGGCAGAUUGGGGACGAGCUCGACGGCAACGUAGAAUUGCAGAGGAUGAUCGACAGCAUUAGCAGCCAAUGUCCAAAGGAGACAUUCAUCAAAGUGGCCAAGGAGCAGUUUGCUGAUGGAGUCAUCAACUGGGGGAGAGUGGUGACCCUCUUUUACUUUGCCUGCCGACUUGUUGUGAAGGCUCUAUGCCAGAAGAUCCCAGAGAUGAUCCAAACUAUAAUCAGUUGGACUAUGGAAUACAUCCAGGAGAAUAUUCUACGUUGGAUUCGAGAUCUUGGGGGUUGGGAGGCCCUGCUGGGCACCCCAACCUGGCAAACCGUUGCCAUCUUCUGCCUGGGAGUCUUCACCACUCUAGCGAUCGUGAAAUGGAAGUCCUCCUAAAGCAGCGCGCGGAGCCCAGGGGAGUGGCGGAGGCAGGUGUGCCGCCGGCGCGGGUGACCGCUGCUCAAGGGUGACUUCAAACUGGCACAGACCGUUGGCGAGGAUGUGUGUGGCAGACUGCAGCAGCGAUUUGGGUUUGUUUCUUGUCACCACUUGGGGGAAAUGCCCCUCACUUGCCUUUGUUUCAGGAAACCCUCUGAUGAGGCUCAAUGCUGUUCCUCCAAGGACCAACCCACUGUGGAGCCAGCAGUGUUUUAGUGCAGAGUUUCAGGUGUGUGUCAGUAUUUUGACUAUCUGUACUGCACUUGCUUUAGCUGUGGUGGGUGGGUUGAUUAAGGGGCAGGGGGGUGGUUGAGUGCAAUUGUCAGCAGAAUGUGUUUUACAGCUAGCAGCUGGCCAACAUCCUGCAGCCACUUGUCAUUUUUUUUAAAUAUAUGGCCUCUCUUCAGGGACCUCUGUGGUAAAGUCACAAGUGGAGUGGCAUCUGACUUGUGAGUGCACAGGAGCUGAUUGUACUCUCAACAUUGACUCAGCAAUAAUUUGUUCAUAAGGUGUGUAGAGAUGGACUGGGUUCCAGAUUUGCCCCCACAGGGCAUUUCAUAGCAAUGAGUUCAACCUGUCAUUGUCUUUUGAAUGCUUUGAGCAGUGUUGGUCUGUUGUAGCCACAUCUUUUGGAAAACAAGGAAGUUGUAGACGCUCCUUGCAGAAAACAAGGAAGUUGUUUAUAAAAUGGAGGUGGUGUUUAAAGGCGAUGCCUUCUGGCAGGAAGUGAGAGCUGGACUAGAUGAGAGCUUUGAGGGAUGAAGUGUUAUGCAGGCUGCUCCUAUAAAUGAAUUGACCAUUUGCACAUUGGUUCUAGUUUUAUUCGAAUUAAAUUAAAAACUUUGCGACCAUGAAAACGAUUUCUGAAACUCGGGAGAAAAAAUGGAAUUUGUUCACCAUGUUGCGGGUUUGUUUAUGCUGUUGUUAAUAGCUUUUGCAGGGCUAGUGAUUAGGUUUUCUUUGAUCGCUUAUUACUUCUGGGUAACAGUCGCAGCUUGGGACCGGAAACAUGUAAAAGUCAGGCAAGAUUUCUGCUCCUCGACCCCUAGUCUGAAGAACGAUACUUCACUUUCUGAUGUGACUUGGCCUGGUCUUAGUUUUCUCCCCUGCUGGUGAAAAGGCAAGGCUAGGGAUUGUUUCAGCAAUGUGAAUGACUGGGGCCAUUGGCAGAGCGACAGUCGGGAUAGGUUGUGGAAACCCAAUUCCAGUUGACCAUUGGAGUCGAGAGGGCUGGAGCUGACUAGGUUGGUGGAGGCAUCAAGCAAUGAGCAAGAGGGUGAGACGAAAGAGCAGUGGACCCAAACUAUCUCUUACUACUCUUACUGCGCAUGCUGUGUCAGUUAGCGCCUUUCUGGUCGUGGUAAAACAUGUCUGAAAGUCAUUCCAUCCAUCAAUGCUGUCAGUAUGGUCGACUAAGUCAUCUCCUGUUGCAAUUCUCAAGACUGAGUCUGAAGAAAGGUCUUCACCCGAAACGUCACCUAUCCACGUUUUACCAGAGAUGCUGCCUGAUCCACUGUGUUACUUCAGCACUUUGUGUCCUUUGCUGUUGCAAUUGAUGCCGGCUGUCUGCCAUCCGAUGAACGGUUUGGUGUCUUUUCAUCCCCCCUCCCGAUGUGUGAAGUUAGACUGUGUAUUCGCACCGGACAUUCGCUUCUACUGAACCGGAGACGAGAUGAAAUACCACUAUUUAUCACGUUGCUCUUGUUGGGCUAACACUUCAAGGUACAGUCUGCACCUGUCCAUGUAGACCUCGUUCAUUGCCAGCUCUGGGAUGUGGAGUUGGCAUAACAAAUACUUCCAUCAGGUCUUGAGAUCGCUCACCCCAAAGGCAAGAUUGUUCCCAGUUACUGAUUGUUCUUGGUGCAAAGAGGGCUACAGAAUGUGAUCCUUCUGUCUAAAUAAUGCUGCAGUUUUGGCUGUAAUUUUUCCUGGUGAAUUUACAACGGAUUAUGAUUAUGAGUGUGGUUUGCAAGAUGCCUUAAAUGGAAAGAGAUUUUCAAUUGCCCAGACAACACAAGCCUUUGUUCCCUUUGAGGCCUGAUUAAGUCGCAGGUUCCUCUCUGGGGAUCUAAAUGAUAUCCUCCAGCAUUUGCUGUGUGGUACAGUCCCUUUAGUGUAGCAACACUUGGGUAAGGAAUUGUAAAAUCACACUGCGCGGUUCAUUCAGGAUCUGGAGCAGUGCAUUGCAGACAUUUGUCCACUGUAGGUUUUAUUGCAAACCGCUGGAAUUUCACCAGGUUAAUGUAUACAGUCAGAUCCAUGUCAUCAGGUAAAUACAGGUCCACCCCCAAUUUUUUCCAGCACCCUUGGUUCCAGAGCCUUUCUGGUUUACCUGUUUUGCCAGCCCAACAGGGGCCAUAUAACUAUAAUUCAACGAUACACCUUGAGACGCACUAAUUAUACCCAGCCAAUGUCUGUAAAACACCAUUGACUGCUUGAACCUUAAAUGAAACAAAUAUUAAAUUUGAAUUAACUCUUUUGGGAUGGAGCCACCCGUCCCGUAAGAACAGGCAAUGCCAUGUGUGGCCACCCAGGGAACUGGUCUGGAGGUCUCAAUGGCGCAGCGGCAGAGUCGCUGCCUUACAGUGUCAGAGACCCGGGUGGACCACAUGGGUUGCCUCCGGGAGCUCCCGUUUCCUCCCACAAAGACGUACUGGUUUGCAGGUUAAUUGGCUUUGAUAAAAAUUGUAAAAUAAUCUUUAGUGCGUAGGGUCGCUGGUCGGCACAGACUCAGCCUGUUGCCGUGCUGUAUCUCCAAAGUCUAAAGUCUCAUUAUUUUGUCAGGGUUAAAGGAGGUACCGGACCAUCAGUUGCUGGAAAAUUGUUGGUGUACCUGUACUGCAAAGGGAAAAUUGUGCCAUCUUUCUGUAUGGUUAUACUAUUACAGACCACUCUCUGUGAAAUGGGCCUAUAUAUCUCUAAACUGCAGGUGUUGUUUAGCCAUUGUUCCUUAUCCACCUUAUCUAGAUAAUAAAAGCCUUCGGUGUGGGAUUGCUGAGCACCCACGGGGAACGGGUAAAGCUCACCUGCCGUACAACCAUUGUAAUGCUGCACGGGUGCUUGGUCAGCAUGUCUUCUUUGCCAGUGUGUGCUCUUGCUCCAACCUUGCAGGUGUUUGUAGCCACGGCUUUCUUCAAAUGCCUUACCUUUUGUAUAAGAAUGUGAAAUUACCUCAUUACUGUGAACAUUUUGAGGAGCAAGGCAUUUUAUUCCCGAUGAUGGAAUAAAUGUUCCUACAUUUAUAAUCCUUGGGUGGAGCUUGAGUCAGGCUCCUUGUGGGCUAUAUAUUAUUUUUGGUGCUGUUCCUGGCUUGAAGCAGGUCUGGAUCACAGCCACCCUCCAUGGUAGGGUUGUAGUGCCCGGCUCAUCAUGUAGUUUGAUCUUUACUUAUGCCUAUUCCACUACAUGCUCAUUUAGCCAGGGUUUUGGACAUGGGAGAUUCUGUCCUAUCCUAAAUACCUCGUUUUAAAGGACCAGAGAACAAUUAUCCCCUGUGGGGAUAGUUUUCAGUGUCUUCUCUACCAUUUCCUAACUCUGGGAUUUUAUACUGCAUUACAAUGCAUGCCUGUUUCUAAGUAGUUGAAUUCACAGUAAAACCAGUUACCAAUGCAAUCCACAGGGGGGAACAUGCUGGCACAAAUGAGGUGACUGACAACCAGUUAUCAAUUUGGUGAUUUUUUUUUUUUUUUAAACCUGUAUAUGCAUUUCUUUCCAGAGAGAAUUAUUUGCCCUUUAAUAUGACUGUUCUUCAUCAUCCAAUUCCCCAUUCUUGAAUUUAAUGAUGUUAUAUUUUUGUUGUGAGAAUCUAUUUUGAGAACAUCCGUAAUCGGAGCAGAACUCGUGGCUCCUCGAGUCUGCCCAGCCAUUCAAUAAAAUGGGCAAUCCAACGCAUCUUCACCCUAUUAUUCCUUUCACUUUUCCAUCCCAAAUUCCUUGAAUCCCUUGUCUAAAAAUCACCCAUCAAUCUAGAUCCAUUCCAUAGGUUAAAGAAUUAUAAAAGCUUUAACCCACUGGGUAUGAAAGGCGUUCUUCAUUUCAGACCGACAUGAAAUGGCAGACCCCCUUUAUCCUAGGACGAUGGCCAGAGCUCUCUGUUCUUCAACCAAAGGAAGUUUUUUCUCGGCAUUUGCCCUGUCAAUCUGUAGCACUUGUAAGUUUUGUCCUUCUAAAUUCCACCCAGUCCAAUAGGAAUCGUUCCCUUCCUUUGGCACUUGAUACAAAUCUCUUUACCACCCUUGGAUAAUUUUGCCAAAGCCAUAUCGAACUGGAGAAAGACUGACUUAGGCCAUCUUUCCAUGAAUGUAACAUUUGCCUUCCUGUUGCAUGUUAUACCUGUACUCCUUGUGGUAUACACCUGAUCUCUUGACACAAUGUAUUUGAUAAGUCAAUACGGUUUUUCAACCAGUCGAUUCCAUAUUCCUUAUUUCUCCACACAAUGACUUUCCUUUAUUUAGCACUGACGGUGUCCAUUUUCAGAGCUUUCCAAAGUAUGUUAAAACCAUUGAAACAUUUACCGUUAAAGGUAGUCAUUGCUGUAAUGUAUGAUUUACAGCAGUCAGUUUAUGCACUGCAGGCUCCAAACCAUUCAUUUAAUCCGUCUUCCACUUCCUCCAACACAGUUUCCUUCCCUUCCCAGCUUUGUACAGUCAACAACCUCGUAGGUGAUUGUCUUUCAUCAAAAUAAUUAAUAAAGAUGGCAAAUAGCAGAAGUAUCUAUCCUUAUGCCACCCCAUGAAUAACAACAUUCCAAACUGGCCUUUAAACAGCCCAAUGUUACCCACCCUGUGAGACCUUUUGUGGUACCGUCAAAUAAACCAAUGAAUACCCCAAUGUACUCCAUCUGCCACCUCGCCUUGUUUUUGCCCAGCUAGUUACAUCCACAAACGUCCCUUGUAUAAAGGCACGCAGUAAAACAUGUUUUGGGUAAUCCUUGAUUUGCCCACUCCCAUCUGCAAUUCUGAUGAUUCGGCAUCUGGUUUGCCCUAUAAUUCUUGCAGCACUCGCACUCAACUUGCUAGCGGUGCUCGAUAUCCCGCGCUCUCUUCAAACUGACCAGGGUACAUUUCCUGCACACUCCCUCUACAUUUAAUCAGAAUCACAGGGAAAUUAAUUACCCAAAAAUGUAAUAUCUGGGGGGGAACAAAACUGAAUGCACGUGGUGUGUAAUGUUUUUUUAAUAACAUCCAUUAGUCUGGAAAAUCUGCUGUUGCCAAAAUGGUGGGUGAGCCAGAUUACUGUGUUGCUUCUGCUGAAAUGCUUUCUCCAUAGACCGCACCCCACCUGAACUACAGGGCUUCAUUCCUCUCCUGCCCCGCUAUUGCUGUGAUUGAACCGAGCAAAGUUUGCAUUUUGGGGGUUUAACAAUCAGCGGGCGGUGCAGAUAUCCCUCCUCUCCUUUUUAAAAAAAAAACAAAAAACUGCAACAGCCUUUGAUUUAUAAAAUACUUGCCAACUGAUCCUGACGACAGCGAUCAGUGCUGCUAAUUGUAAUUUGGCUCAUUGCUCCUCAUAGUGGUUUUACUGUGUUCAGCCUGUGCUUUGAGGUACAGCGUUUCCUGAAACUUAAUCUCUUAGUACAAAGAUGUAAUGUGAAUUAAAUAACUUUUAGACUAUGGAUUGGUAAUGUUUGGGGGGAAACUGUGCUUUCUCUGUACAAUUAUAUCAUGCUGUUAAUCUAUUACCACAAUAUCAAUAUCAUCAAAGAACACUUUUUGUACUCCAGUAAAUUCCUUAUUUUUAGAUUUUUUUCACAAUAAACAACAACUUAAAUUUGAA